CAGCCUAAACAAAACAGAGAAAAAUCCUGCUCUCUUUACCCCACAAAAUCAACUCCGUUGGGGGGGAGAAGACUAAAAACUGACCCAAACACCCACAAAAGAAGAACAAAUAAAAACCCUCGAAUGAAUUCUUCUUGUUCAGGAAGAAGGCUGAGAACUAUGGCUUCCUCAUUGUCAUUACCCCAAACUACCAUUUCCGAUAUCCUUUCUAGAUUACCCGUUAAGUCCUUGACCCGAUUCAAAUCCGUUUCCAAGGACUGGGCUUACCUCACUUCCACCCCAGCUUUCGUCUCCGACCAUCUCCGCCGUUCUUCUUCCGACCCGUCUCUAAUCGUCCGCUGUUACAACACCCAAUCCGGUUUCGACUCUGUGAUCUUGCUGAUCACUGACCCGACCCAGAAUUUCGCUUGCCGGCAUUUGGCUGUUCCUUUGGAUGAACCGCUUCCUCUGUUCCCGAAAAUCGUGGGUUCAAUCGGUGGUUUGGUUUGUCUCGAUGUUUCCCCUUGUUAUGCUUCUGAUUUUGUUUUAUGGAACCCUGGGACUAAACAAUUCAAACGCUUACCUUUCCCUUUGAUUGCUUCAACUAGAAGUAACCCUAUUUGGUUAGUCUUUGUUGGUUUUGGGUUUGAUUCAUUCAAUAAUGAUUAUAAGCUAGUUAGGAUCGUUUCUUUUAAAAGAAAUGAUGGUUUACCCUUUGUGAGAGCUGAAGUUUAUUCAUGGAAAGAAGGGUUUUGGAAGGAAUUAGAAGAUACUGUAUGUUUUGAUUCAGCUAUAAUAUGUGGAGGACAAGAUGGUGUUGUUGUUGUUGAUGGUAGUUUGAAUUGGGUAGCCAUUGGAUUACAACGAUAUGCCGAUAGAAAGGUUGUGAUUUCUUUUGAUAUGAGAAGGGAAGUGUUUAAGACAAUACCAUUGCCAGCACUGACUCGAAUUGGCAAUGUUAAAGUGAUGUCUUACAUGGGAUUAUUAGCUAUUGCUGUAUACCCUUUAGUUUUUGCAGCCAAUGGUAAUAAUAUGAACCGUUUCGAAUUCUCAGUAUUGAGUGAUUGCGAGGAUGGGAGGAAACAUUGGACUAAUGUUGUUUUGGCCGAGAAUUUCUCAAAGUCUUUGGUUCCAAUGGGGACUUGGAGAGAUCGUGAACUGAUGAUUAAACAAAUGGGUGAUCGAGACAAUCACCCGAAGCUUUUCUUGUAUGAUCCAAUCGACGAACGAACUAAAAGGCUUCCGAUCGAUUGUGUUGAUUUAUAUUUACAAUGUUACAGUCAUGUGGAGAGCUUGGUAUCAGUCGAUGGAAGAAACUAAGAUGCUGUUGAAGCAAAGCUUUCAAGAAUUUAGGUUGGGCUUGGUCGUUUUUCAACUUGCAUAGGCUUUUAGUUUUAUAAAUUGGUAAAGACUUUAUAUUCAAGUGUCUUUUUUUCGCUUUAUAAAUGAAUAUGGAUGGAUAUUGAGUAGAUAA